AUGACUGACAAAACUGGAAGUGAAGAGACCUCCUGCAAUCGGUCCUCAGUUACAAACCAGACUGAAGGUGACAAUUCGACUUGUUUUGAUCAGAUCGACUCAACAGUUCAGCCUCUCUUCAUUGUGAUCUACAGUCUGGUGUUUCUGGUGGGACUCCUCCUCAACUGCUGCAUCAUUAAGUUUUACCUGUGCCAAGCUCAGCAGCGGCAGUCCAGCAGCAUCCUGGUUUACCUUAAGAACUUGGCAGCAGCUGACCUUCUUCACUGCCUCAGCCUACCUCUACGUAUCACCAAACACAUUGGCCGCUCUGACACUAUCCUCCAGGUCUACUGCAAAUUUGGCGCUUCCACCUUUUAUGUCAACAUAUAUGUCAGCAUCCUGUUCAUGGGCUACAUCGCUGCAAACAGUUGUCACUUGAGGUUUGUCUCACCUCUUUCCAGAUUUCUGAAGAUUGUUCAUCCUUUGGGGACUCACAUCCUGCAGACAGUGAAAGGUGCCCACAUCCUGUCCGUGGUAACCUGGGUUUUCUUCCUCUCUCUGAAGAUCGUCUACAUCAUCAUGUCAUUCACCAAAGACACAGUUCCGACCCCUGUCUCCAACAUGGUUGAUUGUGAGUGCUUGCACGGCAGCCGGCUCACCGUGUUGUACAAAAUCAUGCACAGCUGUUGCAUCGCCCUCUUCCUGCUUGUCCUCGUAUCCUUGCUCUUCUUCUACUACAAAAUCGGUCACCAAGUGUUGCUGGCGCAGCAGAGGCAGCCGGCUUCCUCCUGCUCCAAAAAGCUUGAAAAGUCACGGAGCAAGAUGUUAGUGCUGGUCGGCGUCUUCUGUUUUUGCUUUUUCCCAUACCACCUAGUGCGAGGUCUCCACAUUUUCCUGUGGACUAACUGUUCACUUAGCAAAGCUGUGUUCUACCUGAAGGAGCUGAGCAUCGCCAUGUCAAUUCUCAAUAUCUGCCUGGACCCGAUCAUCUACUUCAUCUACUGCAAGGCAUUCAGGACUCAGCUUGGAAUGACCAGCUUGAGACAUCACAGGAGGGAGUAAUGGAACAAGACGGAACAGCCUCUGCAGGAAAUGAGAUGCGCAACUCCAACUUGUCAGAGAGGGAAUGCUGUGUACAAAAUAAAAACCAAUGAUGGUCUGUCACACAAUUAGUGAAAAGGACAUCCCUGUCUGACCUAAAAUAUUGUUGUUGUUUUAUUUCUUCCCUCAUAAAAUGUCAGUGUGUGACAGUGUGUGAGAGUGUUUCAUAAAUGUCAUACAUGUUAAUUCUGAGCUUAAUCUGUAUAAUGUUUGAUAUAAUACGUGUUUCAAAUGUGAUUAAAAACAAAUAAAUGGAUAUGCUUCAUCACUGUGUCACGUUGUCUCAUUUAACCAUGUUUGUCCUUUGAAUAGACAGACAGACA